GACGCGGCCACGUUGUCUUACGCGCCCAGCGCACCUGGCCCUGAGAACCUGGACACCGGCUCCCGCUUCCUGCCCCCCCCCCCGCGCCUCCCAGCUUAUAAAGCUUUGUGGGACGGUAGUAUUCCUACGCUCACUCUGCGGAGCACAACCGCUCAAGGGAAGGCCUGGCCAUCCCGAGACUCCAGCGCGCGGGCACGUCUGGAAUCUGGGCUCUAGAGGCGCCGCCCUCGGUCCGUUUAGCUAGCCUCUCCUCGCCGCCUAGGAGCAAAGAACCAGAGAGAGCACAGGAGAGUGGGGCUCCGCGCAGAGCUCGGCGCCCGGGCCCAUGCCCGUGCGCCCCCGCGGGCCCCCGCUAUGGCCUCCGGGAGCGUGGCCGAGUGCCUACAGCAAGAGACCACUUGCCCGGUGUGUCUGCAAUACUUCGUCGAGCCCAUGAUGCUCGAUUGUGGCCACAACAUCUGUUGCGCGUGCCUAGCCCGCUGCUGGGGCGCAGCGGAGACUAACGUGUCUUGUCCGCAGUGCCGAGAGACCUUCCCGCAGCGGCACAUGCGGCCCAACCGGCAUCUAGCCAACGUGACCCAGUUGGUGAAGCAGCUGCGCACCGAGCGACCGUCAGGGCCCGGCGGCGAGAUGGGCGUGUGUGAAAAGCAUCGCGAGCCCCUGAAGCUGUACUGCGAGGAGGACCAGAUGCCCAUUUGCGUAGUGUGCGACCGCUCCCGGGAGCAUCGCGGCCACAGCGUGCUACCGCUCGAGGAGGCGGUGGAGGGCUUCAAGGAACAAAUCCAAAACCAACUGGACCAUCUAAAAAGAGUAAAAGACUUAAAGAAGAGACGCCGGGCACAGGGGGAGCAGGCACGAGCUGAACUCUUGAGCCUAACCCAGAUGGAAAGGGAAAAGAUUGUUUGGGAGUUUGAGCAACUGUAUCACUCCUUGAAGGAGCAUGAGUAUCGCCUUCUGGCCCGCCUUGAGGAACUAGACUUGGCCAUCUAUAACAGUAUCAAUGGUGCCAUCACCCAGUUCUCUUGCAACAUCUCCCACCUCAGCAGCCUGAUUGCCCAGCUAGAAGAGAAGCAGCAGCAGCCCACCAGGGAGCUCCUGCAGGACAUCGGGGAUACAUUAAGCAGGGCUGAAAGAAUCAGGAUCCCUGAACCUUGGAUCACACCUCCAGAUCUGCAAGAGAAAAUCCACAUUUUUGCCCAAAAAUGUCUAUUCUUAACGGAGAGUCUGAAGCAAUUCACAGAAAAAAUGCAGUCAGAUAUGGAGAAAAUCCAAGAAUUGCGAGAGGCUCAGUUAUAUUCAGUGGACGUGACUCUGGAUCCAGAUACAGCUUACCCCAGCCUGAUCCUUUCUGAUAAUCUGCGGCAAGUGCGAUAUAGUUACCUCCAACAGGAUUUGCCUGACAACCCUGAGCGGUUCAAUCUUUUUCCCUGUGUCUUGGGCUCUCCAUGUUUCAUCGCUGGGAGACAUUAUUGGGAGGUAGAGGUGGGAGAUAAAGCCAAGUGGACCAUAGGUGUCUGUGAAGACUCUGUAUGCAGAAAAGGUGGAGUAACCUCAGCCCCCCAGAAUGGAUUCUGGGCAGUGUCAUUGUGGUAUGGGAAAGAAUACUGGGCACUUACGUCCCCAAUGACUGCCCUUCCCCUGCGGACCCCUCUCCAGCGGGUAGGAAUUUUCUUGGACUAUGAUGCUGGUGAGGUCUCCUUCUACAAUGUGACAGAGAGGUGUCACACCUUUACUUUCUCUCAUGCUACCUUCUGUGGGCCUGUCCGGCCCUACUUCAGUCUGAGUUACUCGGGAGGGAAGAGCGCAGCUCCUCUGAUCAUCUGCCCCAUGAGUGGGAUCGAUGGGUUUUCUGGCCAUGUUGGGAGUCAUGGUCAUUCCAUGGAGACAUCCCCUUGAAGUAGUGAACGCAGACUAAAAGGGCUGUUGGCUAUAAUUGUACCCCAGGCACAAGGCAUCUUGUUGCCUUGCCGAUUCCUGUCUGUCACAGCUGGGUACCAUUUUCCAUGCCCUUGCAGAGGCAGACAGGAUGUCCAUGUUCUCUACUAUCCUUUUCCUUCCCCUGCAAAUUGUGAGAUGUAACAAGAAGUAUCAAUAUUUCCCAAAAAUAAAAACCAGGUGUCCUCCUUCAGUGUUUCACAUUUUUUGGUUUUACAUAGAAACCAGAUAAACAGCAAAUUAAUCUUUGGAUUUGGAGAGCCACUCAAGUUACUUAAACCAUCUUGGCUUAGCCUGGCUUCCUCUGGCUCAGCCCACAUAAUAAUCAUGGGAAUUUACUGCCAUUUCUUGACUAGGGAUCCUUUCUGAGAACCUAGAAUGGAACUGCAAGGCCCUGUUAGCAUGGCUUCCUUUACUCCAAUUUUUUCUUGGAAAAGUACGUCUACCCUUGAUUUUCAGUCUGCCAGUUUUUUACUAACAAGGGUCUGUAUGUGUUCGGGUUAGUUACAGUAUUUUACAAUAAUGGUGAAAAAUGGUCCCACCUCUACCAUGAGAGGAUAUUCUAAUCAGUGUUUCUGCCUCUAAAUCUUUUCUGGGGCUUUAUUUGUUCCCUUCAUACUAAUGACAAGUGUCUCCUAGUGCUGGGUGCACAUCAUUUUAGGUCACCAUCUACUAUUUCUAGAUCCUCUCCCAGGCACAUCUAUGGACUGGUGGUCAGUUAAACACUAUCUCUGGAAGAAUUCUAGUAUUCCAGAAAUUUGUUGCCUUUUUACCUCCUUCUUCUAUCUCCUCUGGGGGAUGGGGAAAUUCACCUUCAUAAUGUGUGUAUCAUCAAGGGGCAACUCCAUCCCAAAUGGCCACUGGAUCUUGAGACAUUCUGGAAUCAGAAGGCUAAAGCAGGUUACUUUGAGCAAGCCCCAUGGUGGUUCUUGGUCUUACUUCUCUUUGGGAAUAUGCUCCUCUGUUUAAAAAAUAAAGUAAAUAUGGAUGUUGACAUUGCUGUUGUGUUGUGGGUCUUGGUCAGAUUGGGUUCACACAUGGAGCAAGUAGGGUGUCAACUUCCACUAUGGUUUCAGAAUCCUGUUCUGGCCAAUGUUUUUCUUACAUCUGGGUGAUAAAACUAGUUUCUUAGUGCCCUGACACUGACUCUAAUGGUGCUGAGAAAGUAAUGUUAGGGCCAGGCACUGUGGUGCAUGGCCAUAAUCCCAGCAGCUUGGGAAGCUGAGAAGUUCAAAGCCAGCCUCAGCAAUUUAGUAAAGCCCUGAACAACUCACUGAGACCCUGUCUCAAAAUAAAAUAUAAUGAAAGGGCUGGGGAUGUGGUUUAGUGGUUGAGCCCCUCUAUGUUCAAUCCCCUGUACCAAAAAAGAAAAAAAAAAGUAAUAUUGGAUAUUACUGGCUUGGAAUAUGUCAGAAGGCCCAGAUUUUGCUUCCUAACAGAACCACCAUCCCAAACCCUUGGGGUACCUGGUCACCAUGUACUGAGGAAGAAAUAUGAGGCAGCGAGGCUCUAUUUCCAGGAAUUUGAUCUUUUCUACUUCUGAACAUGGCUUCUGAAGACAAGAUUCUGUUAGCUAUAUAUCCUUUCAUUGAUGUUUGAUUGCUAUCAUGAGUUGUUGAUAAUGUAUCAUUUAUUUAUUCAUCAGGCUUUAUGAGAAAUAAUUCAGAGAUUACAGAAAAGGGAUUCCAUGAGGCUAGAUCAGCUUUUACCAUUUAAUUCUGAGAUAUAAAUGCAUAGAAUAACAGAUACAUGCAUAUAAAUUAUGACUCACAGAGCAAUGCUUGGAACAUAGUGUGAAGAGUAACAGACUUAACACAACAACCUCAUGAAGUGUGUAUUGUUGCCCUUAUUUUACAGAUAAAGAAACCGAAACAGGGUAAAUGACUUACUCUAGGUGUAUAGCUAGGAAGCAGCAGAGCCAGGAUUCAAACUGAUAUGGAACACAUGACCACAUACUUCAGAUUCUUACACAUAGUAUAUAUAUACAUAGAUUAUGCUUUUUACAUGGGAAAGGCAGAGCAGAGACUGGACACCUUGACGUGCCAGUUCAUCAAUCUGAGAUGCCUGCCUAUGACUAUUUACUGUAGACUUCAGGUUCUGUAACUGGAAAAUGGAGUCAAGACUUUCAUUCAAAAAAUCACAUUCCACUUUCACUUAGUCCCUUGGAGCAGGAAGGAAGAAUAAAGAUAACUUGUAUGCUUUCAAGGAAAUAUGCCCUUGAAAUGGACUCCUGGUUUUUACUGUCCCAGUGAUGAGGCUAUGGACAUAUCUAUAAGGGUAAAUCUUAAUGCUGGGUGAAAAAAGUCUUCAAAGACUAUAUACUUAUGAUACCCUUCUUAAAUGAACAAAAAAAUCAUGUGGGGAAGGGAGGAAAAGAAGAGGAUAUUGGUUGAUAAUGUGUUAUUAGCUUCUAAUUUGGGGGUGUGUGUUUAUAGGUAUUUAAGUUUUGUUUUUAAAUGCUAGUUUGGGGAUAAAUAAACUUGUAAAUAAUUCUAAUUUUACUCAUCUGCAGAAAAAUAAGAAACCUUUGAAUUAAUUGAGUGAGGAUAUGGGCCACUAAAGACAAACAUGGGACUCAGUAGGAUUCUUCUGGCUCUUCUUUAUUUCUUUCUUUGGAACAUCUAAAUUUUUUAAUUGGGGUUACAACAACAACUUUUUACUAAUGGAGGAGAAUUUUGUAUGUGUGUGUUUAUAUGCAUGUGCACACACACUUGGGUCUUGAGCUGCUCUUAUUUUUCCUGGUAUAGCCCAGAAUGCAGAGAGGAGCACCUUUCCCAAGAGCGGAUGAGGCCUAGAAGAGAUGUUCAGAAACUAAGGAACCUGAGUAUGCUUCCUAUCCUCUACCAUGUACAUUUUAGAGAAGAUGAGAGAUUAUGUCAAAAUUGCCUACCACUUAAAGGCACACUAUGAAAUUAAGAGCAAAUUGCUGUCAGAUGGUAAAUGAAAGUCAUUUGUUACUGUUAUCUAUUAACAUUUAUUAUGGUCAUUGAUUGUCUCUAACAAAGGGUAUAUGAAGGAGAAAAUCACAUCUCCCAGAAAAAUAAAACAAAGCUCAAAAGGUUCAACAAAUGGAAGACAAUGAUCCUUUGAUUCAAAUACACAAUAAACCAGUGUUGGGUAUCCUAGUUGAACCUGACUAUGGGGGAGAAUACAAGAUAACAUGGCUUCUGUCCUUGGAAAAAUAAAAGUCAAUAAGGAAAAAUAACAAAAAGAAGUAAACAAAAGAUUAUCUCAGGACCCUGUGUACCACAGUAAUCUUAAGAGGAAGCUGAAAUGCUAGGUCUACGUUUCUUAGUACCUUAGUCCCACCCCAAAUUCCAAAUCCUGCACUAUGUUAGGGAUUGAACUCGGGUCCUUGAAUCUGCAAAGCAAGCAGUGUACCACUAUGGGUUCCUUAGUACUCUUUUUUUUCUUGAGGGUGAGGACCUGAUGCCCACUAGCUUGGUCCAGCAAUAAAUAUUAACUAUGCAAUUAAUUUACUGAGUUAAUAUCCUGAACCUUGUUUAUCCCAGAAAUUCCUGCUAUGAGGUCUCCACAAAGAAUAAUGAGAAAGCCCCAAACCAAACCAGAGUUGGUGGGAUUUUUAUAAGGGAAUUAAUUGGAUCUGCCAAGUAAGUAUUUUAAAUAUUAAGACAUGCAAACAAUACUUGUAUUUGACAGUAUUGCCCCAGUUAUAUUUCCUUUUUUUUGUGUUGAAGAAGUGUAAAUUAAACAUACCUGGCUCAGUUGUUGCCUUAAUUUUGCAUUUGACCAUUUGAAAUGUAAGCAGAGCAUGUUAAGAUAACCCUUUUGGUUACACUCAUGUCUCUACCAGAUUCUUCAUUCAAAGCGCAUAUAGAAUUUGGAUUUUUAUGGGCUGUGAUGCCAAACCCAGUUCAGUUUGUGGUACGAAAGAAUGUAAUAGAAAAAGUGAAGAGAAUGAAUUUUAGUCUAGAAAGAUUUCACAUUUUUAACCUAAAUAUUAUUAUUUUUUCAUAUUUUUGGUACUGGGGAUUGAACCCAGGGUUUUUUAACCACUGAUUAUUACCCCCUACCACACCUUUUUAAAUUUUUUUUUUUUUUUUUAUCUUGAGACAGUGUCUUGCUAAAUUGCUUAGGGCCUUGCCAAGUUGCUGAGGCUAGCUCCAAACUUGAAAUCCUCCUGCCUCAGCCUCCCAAGUCACUAGGACAACAUAUUUUUUUAAUAAUAUGCCAAAACAACUUGCAUAGAUGCUUUUGAUAAGAUAAUACAUCAUUUCUUUUUUCCCUCUGCAGUUUUGAAAUGCUGGGAAUUGAACCUGGUGCUUCUAGAUGCAAACAAGUGUUCUACCGUCCACAACUGUUUUACUUCUGUAUUGAACCUUUCCUGAUAGAGACCUUUUAAGUAUACACAAAAAUGGGGAAAAUGUAUAAUGAAACCACCAUCCUAUCUCCCAACUUCAACUAUCAAUUUAUGAUCAAUAAUAUAACCUCAUCUCAAUUUUGAUACUCUCUCCCUCCCCAAUUCUAAAGUGAAUCCUGGUGACUAGGGAUAUAGUGCAGUUGGUAAAGUUCUUUCCCCACACGCACAGGUUCAAUCCCCAGCACCACAAAAAAAAAAAGAAAAAAAAAGAGAAGAGAAGAGAAAAAGUGAAUCCUAGACAAGAUAUCAGAAAGCAAGAUAAUUUUAUGAAUUUCAUAUAAGACACUCCAGGGACUAGGAGUAUAGCUCAGUGGUAGAGUGUUAAACACAUGCAUGAGGCCCUAGGUUCAAUCCCCUUACUAUAUGUGUUUUUUUGUUUUGUUUUUAUGUAGACCACCACUUUCAGCUUGUUUCCUUUUUAGUCUCCACCACCAUCUUUAAAUAAUUUGUUAGGCCUUUAAAUUUCCUCUUGUAGAAGACAUUUUCAUAAAAUUAUAGGAUGGCCUCUGGGGGAGUCCUACUGUAUAAUAAAUAUUAUUUAUUAGUCAAUAGUAAAAACAAUUACAUAUUUUAUUAUAUCUCAUCUUAUUCCAAAGAAGAUGUAAAGCCAUUUACAGCAAAAUCAAGAGAGCCACAGCCUAACAUGCCAUAAAGGAAGAAAGACUCAGGGUGGCACCAAAUUAAAAAAAAAAAAAAAAAUACUACGAACAAAAGUAAAUGCACAGCUUAACAUUCCAA